GUUCCCACCCCAAAUCCGCAACAACCACCCACGCAAUUCCUCCUUUUCUUUCGCUUCCUCCUAAUCCGUAUUCCAAGUUCUAGCAGCAGCGCAGCUCUCGGUUUUCGGCGAUGUCGGGGCGCGGCAAGGGCGGCAAGGGGCUUGGCAAGGGUGGCGCCAAGCGCCACCGCAAGGUGCUGCGCGACAACAUCCAGGGCAUCACCAAGCCGGCGAUCCGUAGGCUGGCGAGGAGGGGCGGCGUCAAGCGCAUCUCCGGGCUCAUCUACGAGGAGACCCGCGGCGUGCUCAAGAUCUUCCUCGAGAACGUCAUCCGUGACGCCGUCACCUACACGGAGCACGCCCGCCGCAAGACCGUCACCGCCAUGGACGUAGUCUACGCGCUCAAGCGCCAGGGCCGCACCCUCUACGGCUUCGGCGGCUAGGUCGGCCCCCCAUCUGGUGGCGAAUGACUCACGGUGAUGGCGGUGGUCGUGUUGUGUGCCUUGUCUUGUGUAGUCUGUGCUCACUGUAUCAGUGCUUUGUUCUGUGGUAGUUGUGCUAAGGGGAAUUCCGUGCUGAGGUGUUCUGAGUUUCUAGUCCAUCUGGUGUAAUCUCGUUGCUGUUAUCAAUGUAUGAAUGAAAAGAGAGAACCCUCGGUUCUAGCCUUAUGUUUCUA